GACGUCAGCUCCGGUUGCCGGGGCUGAGUCGGAAGUGUUGAAAGCCCUUGGCCUCGGAGAGUUCCUGGUGUUGCCGCCGCUGGCACCCUCAGGCCCCGCCCCUCCCCCAGGUCUGGAUGGAGUCUACUUUAAAGUGAAAUGACAGACCAGGACAAUAACAACAACAUCUCCAGUAACCCCUUUGCUGCUCUCUUCAGUUCCCUGGCCGAUGCCAAGCACUUUGCAGCGAUCCAGAAGGAACAGCUGAAGCAGCAAUCUGAUGAGCCCUCAGCUAGCCCUGAUGACUCGGAUAACAGCGUGUCGGAAAGUUUGGAUGACUGUGACUACUCUGUCUCUGAGAUCAGUCGAUCAUUCCGUUCCCAGAAGGAGAUAUGUGAGCAGCUCAACAUCAAUCACAUGAUCCAGAGGAUUUUCCUCAUCACCCUGGACAACAGUGACCCAAGCAUGAAAGGUGGGAAUGGGAUCCCUAGCCGCUGUGUCUAUUUGGAGGAACUAGCAGGAGACUUGGAUGAACAAGACUGGCUUGAUAUGAACAACAUUGAGCAGGCCCUCUUUACCCGAUUGCUGCUUCAGGAUCCAAGCAACCACUUGAUUAACAUGACCUGCUCCACAACAUUAAACCUCUCUGCCGAUCGAGAUGCAGGGGAGAAGCACAUUCUUUGCUACCUUUAUUCCUGUUUCCUAAGAGCAAAAGAGGAGAUUACCAAAGUACCAGAAAACCUGCUGCCCUUUGCUGUGAGGUGUAGGAACUUAACUGUGUCUAAUACCCGAACUGUCCUCCUCACCCCAGAGAUUUAUGUUGACCAGAAUGUCUACGAUCAGCUGGUAGACCUCUUGUUGGAAGCAAUUCGAGGGGCCCAUUUUGAAGAUGUAACUGAGUUCCUCGAAGAGGUCAUUGAAGCUUUGACGGUGGAUCAGGAAGUUCGGACAUUUCAAGAAGUCAUGGUUCCAGUAUUUGACAUUUUGCUGAGCAGAAUAAAAGACUUAGAUCUCUGUCAAAUCUUGCUAUACACGUAUCUAGAUAUGCUUAUCUAUUUCACAAGACAGAAGGAUAUUGCGAAAGUUUUUGUAGAGUACAUUCAGCCUAAGGACCCCAGCAAUGGACAGAUGUACCAGAAGACUUUACUGGGAGUAAUUCUGAGUAUCUCCUGCUUGUUAAAGACUCCAGGGGUAGUGGAGAAUCACGGCUACUUCUUGAAUCCAUCCCGAUCCAGUCCCCAGGAGAUCAAAGUGCAGGAGGCCAACAUCCAUCAGUUCAUGGCUCAGUUCCAUGAAAAGAUUUACCAGAUGCUGAAGAACUUGCUCCAGCUCUCUCCAGACACCAAGCAUUGGAUCUUGUCCUGGCUUGGAAACUGCCUGUAUGCCAACACAGGCCGCACCAAGAUCUGGGCCAAUCAGAUGCCAGAAAUCUUCUUCCAGAUGUAUGCCUCGGAUGCCUUCUUCCUGAAUCUGGGUGCUGCCCUCCUGAAGCUGUGCCAGCCAUUUUGCAAACCUAAAUCCCCUAGGCUGCUAACCUUUAACCCUACCUACUGUGCCCUCAAAGAGUUGAAUGAUGAAGAGAGAAGGAUAAAGAAUGUACAUAUGAAAGGUUUGGAUAAAGAGACCUGUUUGAUCCCUAAAGAGAAUGACCAGGAGAUGGAGUUUGCCCAAAACUAUAACCUGGUAACAGAGAACCUGGUCCUGACACAGUACACCUUGCACGUGGGAUUUCACAGGUUGCAUGACCAGAUGGUAAAAAUCAACCAGAGCUUGCACCGGCUGCAGGUCGCCUGGCGUGAGGCCCAGCAGAGUGCCAGCCCCACCGCAGACAGCCUCCGAGAGCAGUUUGAGCGGCUGAUGACAGUCUAUCUCUCCACCAAGACUGCCAUGACUGAGCCACAGAUGCUACAAAACUGCCUCAAUUUGCAGGUGUCCAUGGCCGUUCUUCUGGUUCAGCUAGCCAUUGGCAACCAAGGCACAGAGCCAGUAGAGCUGACCUUCCCUUUGCCGGAUCAGUACAGCUCUUUGGCUUAUGUGCCAGAAUUUUUUGCGGAUAACCUGGGAGAUUUUCUCAUUUUCCUACGGCGCUUUGCUGAUGACAUCCUGGAGACAUCAGCUGAUUCCCUCGAGCAAGUUCUUCAUUUUGUCACCAUUUUCACUGGGAGCGUAGAGAGAAUGAAAAACCCCCACCUGAGGGCCAAACUGGCAGAGGUGCUAGAAGCAGUCAUGCCACACCUGGACCAAGCCCCAAAUCCCCUGGUGUCCAGUGUGUUCCACCGUAAGCGUGUGUUCUGCAGCUAUCCCUAUGCAGCCCAGCUUGCUGAGGCACUCAUCAAAGUCUUUGUAGACAUCGAAUUUACAGGAGACCCCCAUCAGUUUGAGCAAAAGUUUAACUACCGCCGCCCCAUGUAUCCUAUCUUAAAGUACAUGUGGGGAACAGACACCUACAGAGAAAGCAUAAAGGGUCUAGCUGAUUAUGCCUCUGAAAAUUUGGAGGCCAUGAAUCCUCCUCUCUUUCUCCGUUUCCUUAACCUGCUGAUGAAUGAUGCUAUCUUCCUAUUGGAUGAAGCCAUACAGUACUUAAGCAAGAUAAAGAUUCAGCAGAUUGAGAGGGACCAAGGUGAAUGGGACAGUUUGUCUCCAGAGGCCCGCCGAGAAAAGGAGGCCAGUCUGCAAAUGUUUGGGCAGCUGGCUCGAUUCCAUAACAUCAUGUCUAAUGAAACCAUUGGUACCUUGGCCUUUCUAACAUCAGAGAUCAAGUCCCUCUUUGUACACCCCUUCCUGGCUGAACGCAUCAUCUCUAUGCUAAACUACUUCCUGCAGCACCUAGUUGGUCCUAAGAUGGGAGCCUUAAAGGUCAAGGACUUCAGCGAGUUUGACUUCAAACCCCAGCAGCUUGUUUCAGACAUCUGCAACAUCUACUUAAACCUUGGUGAUGAGGAAAAUUUCUGUGCCACUGUGCCCAAGGAUGGGCGAUCUUAUUCCCCAAUGCUCUUUGCUCAGACAGUCCGAGUCCUGAAGAAAAUAAACAAGCCUGGAAAUAUGAUUGUGGCUUUCAGCAAUCUGGCAGAGAAAAUCAAGUCUCUUGCAGACCUCCAGCAACAGGAAGAAGAGACCUACGCAGAUGCCUGUGAUGAGUUUCUAGAUCCCAUCAUGAGCACACUCAUGUCAGACCCUGUGAUGCUUCCGUCUUCCAGAGUCACUGUGGAUAGGUCCACAAUAGCCAGGCAUCUGCUCAGUGAUCAGACUGAUCCCUUUAACCGUAGCCCCCUAACGAUGGACCAGAUCCGGCCAAACACAGAACUGAAAGAGAAAAUCCAACGGUGGCUCGCAGAGAGGAAAUUGCAGAAGGAACAACUUGAGUAAAUACUGUGAAUUUAACAAACCAAAAGCCAACCCCAAGAAUGUGGAUAAAUAAUAUAGUCUAUUGGUCUCUGUCUCCUCUGCCUCUUUCUCCCUUCCUCCACCCAAUCCAUGUCUCACCCAUUUCCCCUCUUUUUUUCUCUCGCAUCCCCCACCCUUCCCUCUUCCUCUCCUUCCCCUCACCCUCAAUCCCUUUUUCCUCUCUUCCCUUUUUUCCUUUCCCUCAAAUGGAGAAUUGCUGUUGCACAGAUAAUGAUAGUUAUGACUCUAAAAACUUUCAAAUCUGUGUUCCCUGACUUGCUGAUAAUUAUGCUUUAUGUGACAUCACCAAGUUUAGAAAGUCUCCAACUUUCACCUUUCUGUUUCCUCUUCCUCUUUUUUUACCCUUCAAUUUACACUAAUAUCAGCUUCCUGGUGGUCUCAGUGGGGGAGAGGCUAAUUUCUUAAUUUGUUUCUCUUAAGUACUGGCUACUUACCAUGUAAAUUGCUCAUUAUUUUUGUUAUUCACUGAUAUUAAGGAAUUGACAUCACAUAUUUCAGUGGCAAUUGGCACAACCAAAAAAAAUUUUGGCCAGGUCCCUAUCAGAUUCCAUAAGCUGGACUUCAGCCUUUCUCCUUGUAUAGCUCUGUGAUGUUAUUGCUAUUUUUUUGUUAGAUAACAAAAUUCAAUGUGAAUAAAAUGUCUUGAUGUUUGCAUAGGCUUUUUAAAAGAUGAUGCACAGGAUAGAAAGAGGUUAUCUUAUGCAAUUGCUCUCAGAAGCCAUGAGUUGUGUGGUCUUGGUGUUUGUUAUUUUGGAAUGGUACCCAGGGAUACCAUCUUAUCCAAACACUCCCCUGUGGGGAGCCCUUUCCAGUUAUAAGAUUUAACACUAUGAUAUUUUUAUGAAGAUGAGUGGGACAUAGCAGCAGCUUUGAUGUGUCUAGUCUGUAUAUCCUGGGGUAAGGGCAUACUAGUGUCUAUUUAGAGGAAGGCAUAUGCCUAUUGAUUCCACUGGCAUCUGCAAAACACCACCACCACCCUAACUGCAGGGACUAAAAUUAAGUAAAACAAAGUGUGACAAGUUGUAUUAUGAAUAGGGUCCUUUCCUAUCUCUGCCAUUUGAAAUCACUAAUAUCCAGCCAACAGCUGUCUUGGUCAACACAGAAUAUGUAUCUCAGUAUACGUAUUAUUUAGGUGCAGUAUAAACUGUAUACCAGUUUUAUUGUGCCUUUUGCAUGAUUAUAUGUGUGCAGUGUAGUGUGUAGACACAUUUGCUGACACUUUCAUUCUAUCUAAAUAAGAGUCUUAGAUUGUAAAGUAUGUAUGUUAAUGUAUAUUUGGGCCUGUGGCCAGAGGAUCUGACAGAGCUGGUCUGAGCCCAGCUCUGGGUUCUCACUUAACAAAGAAAUAACUUGAGAAAAACCUUGGCCACAUACAUUUUGCAUAUUUGCCAGUGAUUUUCAGUCCUAUUCUCUUUAGGAUAGAUGGACUAUAAUGGGUAUGCAGGCCACACUUGUUGAGUUUUGUAAGUUAUGUGCUGGAAAAGGCAUAUAGUGUUUAAAACCUUUCCUUCCCUCAAGGGCUGUUUUUAUAUGUAUUAUACCUGUAAACCUAGAAAUUCCAUAACUAAAAAUUAAUUUGACAUGGUUAAAUUUUUUUAUAGGAAGUAGGGAGCGAGCAUUGGUCCUUGAUUUAAUGUACAUUGAAAUGGGCUGUGACCUCUUUAAAAUGAGUUGGUGUCCAUUGAAAGUAGUUCUAAUAGGUUAUCACUAUCUUAGUGUUUGUCUCAUAUUGAAAACCAUAAAUCAGAUGGGCCCCAGAGGGUGUUCUAGAUUGUGUUAGGUGGCUACCAUGAGCUGCCUUGGUUAUCCGUGAUCUAGGAACCCAGAAUUCUUUCACCAAUUUCAUGGUAUGUCUGAGUUGCUCCAAGAUUUGUUAGUUACCUUGUCGUGUGCUUCACUUAAAUCCAUUAUUAGCCUGUAGCUAGCAUUCUGAGAAUGCAUUGUGUACAGUAUCAAGCCAUCUAGCUACUUAUAUGUCUCUUACACAUACACUUAGAAUGUAAAGAAAACAAAAACCAGAGGUUUACAGGGAAAACUGAUGGCUAAAAGUGAGCAAUGAAACCUCAAGUCAGCUGUCCCCAGCAGCUUUGUAAAUUACUUCUGUGCUGCCUCUACUAUGUGUGUCCACUGUAUUUCUUUCUGUGUGGCCUUUAGAUUGUAAGCCUUUCUUGGCAAGCUAUUUAAAAAAUCUACUUUCUUGAAAAUCUACACGUACGGCUGAAGCACUAUGUAAGUAAUAGUGCCUAACACCUGCUGCUGGAUUUCUUUAAAUUAACACCACAAUCCAACAGAGUGGAAGAAGUAAGUCGUUUAAGGGUACCCAUUGGUGGUGAAGCCAUUGCCCCUGUGCCUUUCUUUCUUACAGUAAGUUGAAUUAAGGGCACCUAUGAAGUAAAUUUUUUCAAAUGACCAUCUUCAUAUAGACAAGGGUAUUAAUGAAGCUCAAGAAGAUGGUUUCAAACUCUGCAAACUCUGAAGCAACACUUUAUAUCUUGAAGGGUCUUAAGAGGUUUCUUAAAGCAUUGGAACAUUUGAUGAGAAAACAAAAACUUCCAACACUGCUCAUAACUUUGCAAGAGUGAUACUAAAAUUUAAUAUUUAGUAGAUUAUAUCAAGUGGUACUAAGUUUUUUUUAUUUAAAUACAGUUCUUAACGUGUGGUAAGAAAUUAGAGGAACAUUUCCAUCUCAGCAGCUGGCAGCUGGCAUUUUUUUUUAAUGGUUGAAAGUGUCAGACUAUGGUCUGUUCUGCUUUAUCUGAUCCGGUUGCUGAGUAGCCAUUACAGAAGGCUUCCCAGGUGCUUCUGCAAGCCUGGGGCUGGUACUGCGCUGUGCUUUGGUAUCACGUGAGAAAAUAAUCCCCAGACCUGGCAAGCAAAAUGUGAAGAGAAUCCGGAGAAGGAUGGAGAAUGGAGUUUUGCCACUGAAAUAAAAUUUAGUCAUCAGAACCGUGUGUGAAAAGGUUCCCUCAAGGUUCCCGCUUGUCAACCUUUGCCUGGGGUGUUUGUGCAGAACUUGUAUUUAAUAAAAACCUGCCUAGAGCCACGGUCACCA